AUUCUUUACCUGCCACCAUACUCGCCAGAUCUGACACCGAUUGAGGAAUCAUUUAGCACUUGUAUGUCUUGGUUAUUCAAGGUGAUUUAUAUGUGCGCAAUUCAUCUACUGUUCAUACUUCGUCAACACGAUGACCCAGCUUUGUCUCUCCUCGAAGCAACGAGCUGUAUUACCGCAGACAAGGCACGUGGAUGGUUCAAAAAUGCAGGCUAUAUUGUUACAUGA